CCCGCAUAUCCUUUUCUAGGUUGGAUUUGUUGGGUUCUCAUCAUCUAUGUUGUUUUGUUAAUACUCAAGUGUUUUCCGCUCUAGAGAAAUGUCAUAACACAAUAUAUCAUGCAUACCUUCAAUAAAUACCUGCCUGUGACUAUUUACAUGUGGAUUUUGGGCUCCUCUCUCAGUUAUGCAGGCUCAAGCCUAUGGGGGAAGAAGGCGGACUUUACUGCCCAAUCCUGUGUUUGGCAGCUGAAUAAAUAUACUAUCAUCCCAUCUUUAGAAGAACUGAGUGUCUGCAUCAACCUUAUGAGAAAGAUUAGCACUUCCAAAUGGACGGCUUUUGACUACAAAGGUUCAGGGCAACAUCACAUUGAGCUUGGCUUAGCUGGAAAUAUGGGCAAUGUGAUAGCCUCUCUUUUCGGAGAAGAAUGGAAAGUUGCUUAUGACAUUCCCCUAAACACGUGGCACACAGUUUGUCUGACGUGGUCGAGUCACAUUAGGCUUUUCCAAGUGAUCAUUAAUGAAAAAGUUUUUGAAUUUCACUUGAAUGAAACGUCACCCAGGUUCCUGGCCGCAAAUGGUACCCUGAGUUUGGGAGUGUCACAUAAUGUUGUUGGAGAUACUAUUGAUUAUGAGACCGGGAAGAACUUCCUAGGGGACAUGGCCUUGUUUCGGAUGUGGGGAGUGCAGUGGAGUCCACAGCAGCUGAAUGCAUGCAGAUGUGCAGAUGGGAAUAUUGUGACUUGGAGAGAGCAAGACUGGGAUUAUCAGACGUGUCCACCAAAACAGGAAGACAAUUUUAUGUGUGCAUCGUCAAAAUAUAAAAUUCAAAUGACCGUAUCUAUACAAAGUAACAAUAAUGAUAACACUGAAAAUGAUAUCCAGGAGAUUGUUUUAAUCUGGCUGAACAACGUUUUUACUGAGAACAUAUCAGUGCAUUCUGUGUUCCUGACAAAUUUAAGCUCUCAAACUAAGGCUGGUUUAGCUGGACAAAAUAAGGAAAUUCAGGAUACUGGAAAGCCACGAGUCAAGCCACAAUGGUUUGAUUGUUUGGUGUUUGUGAGAGUGACACCUGAAGCUGAUGUGAGUGAAACAGUCACUAUGAUUCAGAACCUGUUAAAACCCCACUAUACCUACAACAACACUGUCCUCAAAGCAAACCCAUCGUCUAUAAACAUCCUCUCAGUAGCUGUCUUUCCCAAUGAGACUUCAAAUCCUGCUUUGACCACUGUUGCACCAGGCUUGUCUCAAACCACAAAUAGUCCUGACAUAGGAAGAACAAAUAUUACAACAUCAGGAACUCACACAACAUCACAAACAAUGGCAAUGGAUAAUAUCUGUUCAAUCACUGUAGACUUCAUUUCAAACAGAGAUUUUGGAGACAUUUUUUAUAGAGUUUAUCUCAAUCUAACAAUGAGUGGCAGCAUCGCAGACCCUCAACACACUAUACAGCAAUGGGUUCAUCAAACACUGGGAAACUGCAACUUGAACGUUUGGAAUCUUGUGAUAAAAGGAGCUCCUAAGUACCUCACUACUUUUCAGGUUCAGGCAAUGGCACCAGUGAAUGUCACAGCAACAGAGAAUCUGAUUUUUAAACUCUUGAUAAAAGGAUACACCAGUGCUACCAUCAAUAUCACUGUCCCGACUGGUGAAGUCAAAAUCAGCCAUAUAGAUCCAGGCGUUUGUCCAGAGGAGACCAUGCUCACAAUGUAUGGUAUAUAUGUGUGGCCCGAAAUGACGGCUCAAAGCGAAUAUAGCAUGGGGUGUGUGAGAGGGAGUGAAAGUGCUACAAGGUUUUGUAAAUUGAAUGGUGCUGACAAAGCAGUGUGGGAUGAUCCAGACAUGAGCAAGUGUGUCAGGACGGAUUCAGAUUUUGAUGACUUGGAAAAUAUUACAGUUACAGCUGACAACUCACCAGACAUUGUGGACAUGAUUGAGGAUCUUUUAAGUAAACAAACAGAUCUGAAUGAUGCUCAGCUGGACAUUGUGCUUGAAAAACUGCUCGAGGUCACUGAGGUUGGAACCUUGACCACAGACCUGGCCAGUGACAUUACUAAAAUCAUUUCAGAUAUCUGUUAUAUCACAACUAGUCCCACCCAAGUCAACAAAAUUCUUUCUAUUACAGAGCAUAUGGGAGACAGGACGGUGUUUGAGGGAGAUGCUUAUAACAUGACAGCACGUUCAUUAGCACUUCAGCUGAUCAACCAUGACACCUCUCAGUUCCAGGGCCUCACAUUCGAGGUGUCCUCCAUACUAAAUGAUAGCACCCCUGAGAUUUUUUAUGACAAGAACUUUACAGAGCAUCCAGACACAAAAACUCUAGCGUUUAUAUCCUUACCUCAUACAAUUGAGUGCUUUUUUCCACACAAUGGAACCAGUCCUCGCAUACAGUUCCAUUUUUAUGGCGUAGAAAAUUUAUUCAAGGACCCUACAGCCAACAUGAUGCUCAACUCUUAUGUGGUGUCUGCCAGUGUCACCAAUGCCUCAGUGACAAACCUUGAGAUCCCAGUGAUGGUCACUUUGCGCCAUCUCCAAAACAAAGAGGAUUUGGACACUGUUAAGUGUGUCUACUGGGACUUCAGCAAAAACAAUGAGAAUGGUGGAUGGAACGAUACAGGAUGUAAAACAGUAAAGUCAAAUGCCACUCAUACGUCCUGUUCCUGUGAUCACCUAACACAUUUUGGAGUUCUUCUGGAUAUCUCUAAAACCCCAAUAAGCGAGGAAGAUGAAAGGAUUCUGACUAUCAUCUCAAACCUGGGCAGUGGCAUAUCAUCUAUCUUUCUUGGAGUCACACUGUUAACCUAUCUGGCCUUUGCGAAACUGAGGCGAGACUACCCUUCAAAGAUCCUUAUUAACCUCUCUGUGGCCUUGCUCGGGUUGAACAUGCUGUUUCUCGUCAACUCCUGGUUUGCCUCUUUUAACAGCUAUGCCAUCUGUAUUACCGUAGCGGCCUUUCUACAUUACUUCUUCCUGGCUACCUUUCUUUGGAUGGGACUGGGUGCAAUCAACAUGUAUCUGGCCUUGGUCAAGGUCUUUAAUUCAUACGUGCCAUCUUACAUCCUCAAAUUCUGUGCACUUGGAUGGGGUUUACCUCUGCUGGUUGUUAGUUUGGUGCUUGCCAUUGAUAUAAAUUCAUAUGGCAUGGCCGUCUCCAGGACACAUCUCCAAGAAUUCUGCUGGAUAAAGAAUGAUCUGACCUUUUAUGUGACUGUGGUUUCCUUCGUGGCCCUGGUCAUGGUCUCUAACAUCUGCGUGUUUGCCGAGGUACUGGUACAGAUCCGUAAAAUGCGGGUCAAUAAGCCCUCCAGCAGCCAAAAAGGGUUCCUGCAUGACCUCCGAGUGGUGGCCAGUCUCACGUUUUUGCUGGGACUUACCUGGAUACUAGCCUUCAUCGCCUGGGGCCCGGCCAAAUCACCCCUGCUGUACCUGUUCUCCCUCCUCAACAGUCUUCAAGGUUUCUUUAUCUUCCUGUUUUACUGUCUGAUGAAAGACAACGUGAGGAAGCAGUGGAGGAUACAUCUCUGCUGUGGAAGAUUCAGACAGACUGAACACUCAGACUGGAGCCGUUCUGUGACACUGGGGGCCAAAGCGAAAGCUGGGUUAAAAGUCUCCUCACCGUCCAUGAAUUCAGAGACUACAAGUGAAAGGAAGAUCUCUGAUAUCUCAAACCCCAGGAAAAGCCAUGAAGGUGUUUUCUUGACACACGACAGAAAACAAUAAAAGGGGAUGGUAGAAAAUUCUUUUUUGUGUUUAUGUUUAUGUUAAAUGACAUCUUUGAAAAUUUACAGCAAAAAUUCAUGAAAAUUUUCAUUUUAGCUUUACUGUCAUUAUUUCACUGACAGAAAUUGAUUUUUUUUUAUUUCUUCCAGAGAGAUGAAUUAAUGAGUUCAUCUGUUUAAAUGUAUAAUGGAGUCAUUCAAGUCUGAUAUCUAUACAUCUGUAUAAUAACAGCACUUUUUUCCUGAAUUACUAUGUUAGUAACUUUUGCUUCAGACUAUCAGUAUUAAACAAGACUAGCAGCUUUUUUCCCCUGCCAACUUUAAAACAUUGUAGUAGGAAAUCAUUUAAGGCUCAUCCAGAGGUUUGUUCAUACAGUAAUACUCUACAGUAACAGGGUUUUGGUUGACAUGUCUAAAGUAUGUUUGUGUUACAAUGUGCAUACAUGCAUUGAGAUAAAUUACUGUGACAUUAAUAAUGAAAUGAAUGACGAAUAAAAUGUUAUCUGAUCUACAGUGUCAACGGGGAAAUGAAGUAAAACAACGUCCUAAAA